UCGGCCUCCCAAGGUGUUGGGAAUACAGGCGAGCCACUGCGCCUGGCCUCACUAAAGUGUUUAAAACAAUUGCUGGUGCCUGCUAAGGACCGUACAAGUAUUCUUUAACUGUUGUUGUUAUUAAGGAACUGAGGCCCAGGAAAUGAAAGGAGUGACUUGCCUGAAGUCCCACAUGGAUGAAGAAUCUGGAGCUGGGGCAGGUGUGGGGUGGGCAGAAGGCAAAGCCCUGUGUGACUUGGGCAAAGACAGUGAUGGAGAGCCACGAGCGACAGCCCUUGAUCCUGCAUGAGGAGAUGGGGGAAUGCCGAUCUUCCCUGAGUGCCGGUGGUGGUGUGCACAUUGAGCCCCGGUAUAGACAGUUCCCCCAGCUGACCAGAUCCCAGGUGUUCCAGAGCGAGUUCUUCAGUGGACUCAUGUGGUUCUGGAUUCUCUGGCGCUUUUGGCAUGACUCAGAAGAGGUGCUGGGUCACUUUCCGUAUCCUGAUCCUUCCCAGUGGACAGAUGAAGAAUUAGGUAUCCCUCCUGAUGAUGAAGACUGAAGGUGUAGACUCAGCCUCACUCUGUACAAGGUCUCAUUCUGUCAUCCAGACUGGAGUGCAGCGUGAUCAUGGCUCACUGUAACCCCAACCUCCUGAGCUCAAGUGAUUCUCCCGCCUCAGCCUUCUCAGUAGCUGGGACUACUACUCUUGGCUAAUUUUUGUAUAUUUUGUAGAGAUGAGGUUUUGCCAUGUUGCCCAGGCUGAUCUCAAAUUCUUGGACUCAAGUGAUCCACCUCUUGGCUUCCCAAAGUGUUGGGAUUACAGGUGUGAGCCAGUGUACCUGGCCAACAAAUUUGUUUUAAUGACUGGACUGUAAACCCUCGAGAGAGGAAGGGUGAUUUUGCUUCUCUUGUCUACAAGGCUGUCACAUGAUCGGUGCUCAAUAAAUACUUGAAUAAUUGAAUAAAUGAAUUAUGGAUUUGAAUUAGUGAAUAUAAAAGUACUUAAAGCUUUCUACUUUUGUUUUCCUGCAGGAGCCAGGUGAGAAUUUCAAGGAUUAUCGACUUCAUAUUGCACAUUAAAGUUACAAAUUAAAGUGGCUUGGUCAAGAAUGAGAA